AUUUGUACAUCUACUUAGAUUAAACUGUAGAACAAACAAGAUUAUCGAUAAGAAAUAUACAUGUUAUAACACAAUAAACAUGCCUUAAACUACACUAUUUUUAUACAACAACAUAUAAUAUAAUAUCAAAUUAAUUGAGUUGAUAAAAAAUCAACAUUAUCUUAAUAACAACAUUUAAACAGUUCUAAACAAAUUUUUCCCCUACAAUAACAUGAUAGUUCUUAUAUACAAUUAGUAAAAAUUUUAAAUGGAGGAAUCUAAAAAGCUUUGCCGAGCGUGCCUUGGUGUAGAAAACCUAAAGAAAAUUGAAAACUCGCAACUUGAAGAAACGUUCAGAUUAUUAAGUGGUGACCAAGUGUUCUCAUCUAGGAAACCAUAUAUCUUCUGCCAUCUAUGUCAUGCACAGUUGUUAAUAUGUCAUCGAUUCAGAGAAAGAUGCCAACACUCAAAUGAGGUUCUGGAACAAACUUUGAACAAUGAAGUGCUUGAUAGUGAUGAUAUCUCAACACCCUCACAUGUUAAAGCCACAGCAGAAAACGUUGAAUAUAAUGAAAGCAAAAAUCCUAUUUUAACUGAAGUCUACAUUGAAUCUGAAAAUAAAGAAAGAGAUGAUACAAACAUUAAAGAUGAAAAUAUUAAAGAACUAGUCAAUGUUAAUAUAAAAAAUGAAUUAAAUGACCAUGAUUGCAAAAAUUUUUGUGAAUCUAAUGAGGGACUAGAUGAUUUGGAUACAGAAACACACAAGAAAAACACCUUAACGAAAGAAUUGGUGGAAAAUGAAGAAAAAACAUUGGUAACCGAAUUAAAUAAUGAAACAAAAAAACGGACACGUAAAAAAAAAUUUAAGCAGAUAGGUAAAUAUUUUGAAACAAAACAGAACAUGGCCAAUUUUGAACAUACAUAUGAUUUGAAUAUAAUAACUUUGAGUACCAAAGAUCAAUACAAAGAGAUUUUGAAACGUAAAAAUGGCUUUUCGUAUCCAUUCAGAUGCAGCCUAUGCUACAAAAGUUAUAUGGACGAUGAUAACUUGAAUAAACAUUUUAAAAAGUUGCAUGAUCCUAGUAGAGGCGAUGAGGUGUGUGAUAUAUGCAAGACACGUUACAGAGACAAGAAAAUGUUGAAAAGACACAUGAAGACUCAUCGCUUGAAGUUUGCCUGUAGACAGUGUAAACAUGUCUCUAUACUUAGCUCACAAGCAGUAGAACAUUACAACAUGCACAGAGGCCAGGUGUACAAGUGUCAAAACUGUGAUAAGACUUACGACAAACAAACUACAUACUUAGCGCACAUAAGGUACAGUCACCCGUCGAAGUGCAUCUGGUGCGAGCUGUGCGGCGAGUCCUACGUCUCCGAGACCGGCCUGAAGUGUCACCAGAACUUGGUCCAUAAGGAGUUGAAAUACCCACCGAACGCUAAAUGCGCAAAUUGUGAAACACGAUUUCUGAAUAACGAAGCCUAUCGGACGCACAGCAUGUCGUGCAACAAGUCGGCGAGCAUGCCGGGCGCUGCGUGCGCUCACUGCGGACACAGCUUCGACAGCAGGCCGUCGUUACGCGAACAUUUGUUAGAAACUCACGGGAACAAAAAGAAUGAUAAACUUUACCCCUGUACCAAGUGCAAGAAAACGUUCGCGCGCGCGUCGCGGCGCGGGGCGCACUACCGGCGCGCGCACGCCGCCCAGCGCGCACCCGCCGUCGUGUGCGAGCGCUGCGGGAAGGCGCUGCCGAACACGACCAUACUGAGGUACCACAUGCGCACGCACACGGGCGAGCGACCCUUCCAGUGUCCGGACUGCCCCAAGGGCUUCGUCAAGCAGUCCUCGCUCAAGGGUAGUGAUGGAUCAAGCAGACUCAUUAGAGCCGCCGUCAGACACGCUACCUUCAUAUCAACGAUUAAAUUUUCGACUUAAAAGCAAUCACAGACGUGAUUCCGUAAAACUCAUGGCAACAUGUGUCGGUACGUAACUCGGAGUGGUCCCUGGACAGAGCCACUCGACGGUGCACACGAGCGAGCGCUCGUUCGCCUGCGAGCUCUGCCCCAAGACCUUCAAGUGGCGGUCCGGUCUGCGCACCCAUCAACAAACC